CCCCGAUUUCUUGAAUUAUUUUUGUAUUGGAGUUCUGAAGUAGCCUUACUCUGCAGAAAUUGAAUAAACAAUGGCCUUGUCGAGCUUGGAGAGAGCAAUCUCAUUUGUCUGCAUGAUUCUGUUUGUUGUGUUUCAGUUUUCUCAGAAUGUUGCUUCAGAUUCUGCUGAAGAAGCAGAAGCUCUUCUGAAAUGGAAAGCAAGUCUGCCAAACCAGAACAACUCUCUCCUGUCUUCCUGGACUGGUUCUCCUGCUAAUACCGCCAACUAUUCUACUCAUUGCACCGAUUGGUCUGGAAUUUUUUGCAACCAGGAUGGAAGAAUCGAUAAAUUCAACCUGUCUCUCUCAGAUUUAAAAGGUACUCUUGAUGAAUUAUCCUUCUUAUCAUUUCCCUUUCUUGAAUUCAUCGAUUUUGGUGUAAAUCAACUGUUUGGUCUUAUCCCAGCACAAAUAUGUAAUCUUUCAAAAUUAAAGUACCUUGAUUUGUCAGUGAAUCUGUUUCAUGGGAAAAUUCCCCAGGAAAUUGGCCUAUUAAGAAAUCUAGAGACCCUCCACUUGAACAAUAAUCAGUUAAAUGGCUCAAUCCCACAGGAAUUAGGCCAAUUGACUACCCUUAAGGAUCUUACCAUGUCUAGUAACCAUUUGGAUGGUUCAAUUCCUGCUUCUUUGGGUAAUUUGAGCAACUUAGGUAGAUUCUAUCUUUAUAAUAAUUCACUUUCAGGUUCAAUUCCUCCAGAGAUUGGAAACCUCUCUAAUCUAGUUGAACUUGAUGUGAGUACCAAUAGUUUAUCCGGUUCAAUCUCUUCACGUUUUGAAAAUCUAAGAAACCUGAGUCACCUCUACAUGUACGAAAACAAGCUUUCUGGUGUCAUUCCUAGAGAAAUAGGGAACAUUGAAUCUCUUUAUGAAUUAAGCCUUUAUUCUAAUCAUUUUUUGGGUUCAAUUCCAAGGUCAAUAGGUGGUCUGAAAAACCUAAUCUGGCUUCAGUUGUAUAAUAAUAAACUUUCUGGAUCAAUUCCUUAUGAAAUAGGAAAUCUAAAGUCUCUUAUGUAUCUUGAGUUGAGUGAAAAUCAGCUUAGUGGCCAUAUUCCUCCUACUUUUGCUAAUUUGAGUAAUUUAGAAACUCUGUAUCUUCGAAACAACUCUCUUUCUGGUCCAAUUCCUGAAGAAAUUGGAAAUUUAAAGAAGUUGGUUCUUUUGUCACUGGAUAACAACCACUUCACUGGUUCUUUACCCCAUAAUAUUUGUCAAAGUGGUUCACUUGAGAACUUUGCAGUAAAUGGUAACAACUUUGAAGGUCCGAUUCCGAAAGGCUUGAGAAAUUGCACAAGCCUGAAGAGACUCCGCCUGGAAAAAAAUGAAUUUGUUGGUAAUAUAUCAGAAGAUUUUGGGAUCUACCCACAACUGCAAUACAUAGAUCUCAGUCAAAAUAAAUUCCACGGUGAAAUCUCAUCUAACUGGGCAAAGUGUGCAAAAUUAGGCACCCUAAAGAUUGCUGCUAAUGAUAUCAGUGGCAGCAUACCAGCUAAGCUAGGUAACUUGACUCAACUAGGUAGACUAGAUCUUUCUUCGAAUCUGCUGGUUGGAGAGAUGCCGAAAGAACUUGGAAAUUUGAGUCUGCUAGAGGAGCUGAUUUUGAAUGGGAAUAAACUUUCUGGCAGCAUACCUCUGGAAAUUGGAUCUCUUUCAGAUAUUACCCGUCUUGACUUGUCGGCAAACAGGUUGAGCAAUUCAAUCCCUGGAAAUAUAGGGAACUUGUUGAAAGUCUAUUACUUGAAUUUGAGCAACAAUCAGCUUAGCCAAGAAAUUCCAACUCAGUUGGGCAAGCUAAGUCAACUUUCAGAGCUAGAUUUGAGUCAGAACUUACUCAGGGGAAACAUACCUUCUCAAUUAUCUGAUUUGGAAGUUUUGCAGAAGCUGAAUCUCUCCCACAAUAACCUCUCUGGGUUCAUUCCAGGAGAAUUUGAAAACAUGCUAGCCCUGACUAGUAUUGACAUUUCCUACAACGACUUGGAGGGUCCAAUUCCAAACUCCACAGCCUUUCGAAAUGCUUCCAUAGGAGCAUUACAAGGGAACAAAUAUUUGUGCGGUGAUUUUAUCGGAUUGCAACCUUGCAAAAGUUCAAGAGCUUUCAACUCAGGCAAACACAGAUUGAGCAAAAGAUUGUUGACCAUCCUGGCAAUUCUGUUCCCAGUUUUAGCAGCACUUGUUUUUUCAGUUGUGCUGAUCCAAAUUCUCAGAACUUCCUGGAGAAGGAAGAGAGACUCCAAAGAAGUAGAAAGCGGUGAAAACUACGGAGAGGUCUUGUCAAUUUCAAUUUUUGAUGGGAAAAAGAUGUAUGAAGAAGUCGUGAAAGGAACAAAUGAUUUCAGUUCAGAAUAUUGCAUUGGGAAAGGAGGUCAAGGAAGAGUUUAUAAAGCAGAACUUUCGGGAAACACUGUAGCAGUCAAGAAAAUUCAUGUUUUGCAUACCAGUAUUGCAGAUCAGAAAGAGUUCUUAAACGAAAUUCAAGCUCUAACAGCGAUAAGGCAUCAAAAUAUUGUAAAAUUUUUUGGUUUUUGUUCACAUCCUAGACACUCAUUCUUAGUCUACAAGUACCUGGAAAGGGGCAACUUGGCCUCAAUCCUGAGCAAUGAAAACACAGCGGUUGAGCUAGACUGGAGCAAGAGACUGAAAGUCAUAAAAGGAGUGGCUGAUGGGUUAUCUUACUUGCACAACAACUGCUACCCACCAAUCGUCCAUCGCAACAUAUCGAGCAAGAACAUCCUGUUGGAUUCGGAAUAUGAAGCUCAGAUUGCAGACUUUGGAACAGCCAAGCUUCUUAACCCAGACUCAUCCAAUUGGACCGAGCUUGCAGGCACAUGUGGAUAUGUUGCACCAGAGCUUGCUUAUACAAUGAAGGUGACAGAGAAAUGUGACGUCUAUAGCUUUGGUGUGUUGGCAAUGGAAGUGAUCCAGGGGAAGCAUCCAAGUGAUUUUCUCUCCCAUUCUUUAGGUUCAUCUGCCAAGUUGAAAAUGGAGCUUGGUGAUAUGUUGGAUCCGAGGCUUCCAUUUCCACUCCUGGAAGUUCAGAACAAACUGGUUUCCAUCAAGGAGAUGACCCUAUUAUGCUUGAAUGUAAAUCCAGAGUCUAGACCCACCAUGCAUACUGUGGCUCAAUUACUCUGCAGCUAAAUCAAUUCCUUCCUCCAGUAUCACACCAGGUUAAUUCUUAGUGGAUAAAAGCUAGAAAUGUUAAAGGGUUUGGCCGGUUGGCCCAACAAAUAAAAUUAUUAAUCUUUUUUAAAUUAAAAAUUUUAAAAAAAGUAUAAUAUAACAAGUGGAUGUGUUAAAGGUCCACAGAGAUGAUCCAGAGGCUCUGAGUUGUAAGCUGGGCUUUGCCAUACUGCAGGCUGGUACGACUGUCAUUUUGGGGCCAUAAUCCCACACGGCCUGUGAACACUUGGUAUUUAAACAAUUAUAGUCUGUCUGGCUUUAUUCUAACAGAAGUAGGAAACCUUAACAAAAAAAAAAUCCUGAAAAUCCCUGUUGAUUUAGAGUUGAGCCAAAAUCAACUCAGUGGUUCUGUUCCUCAUUCCUUCAAAAAUCUGAGCAGUUUAAAGGUCUGCUCCUUCCUAAUAACAAUCUUUCCGGUACCAUUCACCAGGAAAUUGGAUAUAGACCAUAACCGCUUCACUGGUUCUUUACCCUAUUAUAUUUGUCAAAGUGGUUCACUUGAAAACUUUACAGUGAAUGGCAACCACUUCGAAGGCUGUUAGAGCUCAGGUAUACGUAAAGAAAAUUAGGAGCAAAAACACCAAUCCAAAUGAACAAGCUGUGAAAAUGCUAAAUAGCUCUAGCAAUGGGAGUACAGGUGGCAAAGGUGAGGAUUCAACAAGUGGCAGCUUUUUAGAAAUGAUACAAAUAGCAGAUCAAGGCGGAAAACCUACAGGUGACAGCAUUUCAGAAAUGACACAAGCUGCAGUACAUCAGCAAGAAAAGAGGGAUGUGCAGAAAAAAGAGGGAACCACGGUUAUAUUGGCUGAUGAGCCGGCAAAUCAAGAUUGGAGGAGCAACAGUGGGGAGAAAGAAAAGAAAAAGGGCCUGGAGAGUAUGGAGAAGGCAGAGAAGUCAUUUGUAGAAGAAGAAGAAGAUUGGGGAGAGAACCAGCCUCUCGGAAGCUGGAAAUGGAUCUGGGUUAUUUAUGUUGGUUUUAGUUUGUCUUUUGUAAUCGUUCUGACUUAUGUUCUGUGAAAAAUGAUGUUGAAGAUACCAGUUAUGAGUUGUGUUCUUGGUAUAAUGUCUGUUUUGUUUUGGAUUUAGCA